AUGAGGAUGGUAAAGAAAGAAUAAGAAGAUUCUUCUAAAUCUGGAGCAAGUUAUGCUGAUUAGAAUUAAAAAAUCAAUUACUAGCAAUGUUGUACUCGAGUCCAGGCGACCCAGGAGACCGGAAUCUACUGCUGUUUAUUAUCAUUAUCGCUGCCUGGGAGGUUGGCACCGGUCAAGUCCACUACUCGGUCCCCGAGGAGGCCAAACACGGCACCUUCGUGGGCCGCAUCGCGCAGGACCUGGGGCUGGAGCUGGCCGAGCUGGUGCCCCGCCUGUUCCGCCUGGCGUCCAAGGGCCGCGGGGACCUUCUGGAGGUAAACCUGCAGAAUGGCAUUCUGUUUGUGAAUUCUCGGAUCGACCGCGAGGAGCUGUGCGGGCGGAGCGCGGAGUGCAGCCUGCACCUGGAGGUGAUCGUGGACAGGCCGCUGCAGGUGUUCCACGUGGAGGUGGAGGUGAGGGACAUUAACGACAAUCCCCCUGUGUUCCCAGCAACACAAAAGAAUCUGUUUAUGGCCGAAUCCAGGCCGCUUGACUCUCGGUUUCCACUAGAGGGCGCGUCGGAUGCAGAUAUUGGGGAGAACGCUCAGCUCACUUACAGACUGAGUCCCAGUGAUUAUUUCACGCUGGAGGUACCAACCAACCACGAACUGGUAAAACCUCUCGGACUUCUCUUAAGGAAACCUUUAGACAGGGAAGAGACUCCGGAACUUCGUUUAACUCUCACGGCCACCGAUGGAGGCAAACCCGAGCUGACUGGCACCGUUCAGUUACUUGUGGAAGUGCUGGACGCCAAUGACAAUGCCCCGGUUUUCGACAAAGCGCUCUAUACAGUGAAACUGCCAGAAAAUGCACCUAACGGAACGUUGGUCAUUAAACUAAACGCCUCAGAUUUAGACGAAGGCUUGAAUGGGGAUAUUAUUUACUCAUUCUCUAGUGACGUUUCUUCAGAUAUAAAAUCUAAGUUCUACAUAGACCCCAUAAAUGGAGGAAUUACAGCGAUAGGACUAAUCGAUUUUGAAGAAAGUAAAGCAUACAAAAUACGAGUGGAGGCGAUUGAUAAAGGCUCCCUACCACUGGCUGGUCACUGUACAGUUCUUGUGGAAGUUCUGGAUGCUAAUGACAAUGCUCCAGAGUUGACUGUUACUUCCCUGUCUCUCCCUAUCUCAGAGGAUGCUCAACCUGGUACAGUCAUCACAUUGAUUAAUGUGUUUGACCGAGAUUCUGGAGCUGAUGGGCAGGUGACCUGCUCUUUAACACCCAAUGUCCCCUUCAAGCUGGUGUCCACCUUCAAGAACUACUAUUCGCUGGUGCUGGACAGCGCCCUGGACCGCGAGAGCGUGCCGAGCUACGGGGUGGUGGUGACCGCGCGCGACGGGGGCUCGCCUCCGCUGUCGGCCACGGCCAGCGUGUGGGUGGAGGUGGCCGACGUGAACGACAACGCGCCCGCGUUCGCGCAGCCCGAGCACACGGUGUUCGUGAGGGAGAACAACGCGCCCGGCCGCCACAUCUGCACGCUGUCGGCGCGCGACCCCGACGCGCAGGAGAACGCGCGGGUGUCCUACUCGCUGGUGGAGCGGCGGGUGGGCGAGCGCGCGCUGUCGAGCUACGUGUCGGUGCACGCGGAGAGCGGCCGGGUGUUCGCGCUGCAGCCGCUGGACCACGAGGAGCUGGAGCUGCUGCAGUUCCAGGUGAGCGCGCGCGACGCGGGCGUGCCGCCUCUGGGCAGCAACGUGACGCUGCAGGUGUUCGUGCUGGACGAGAACGACAACGCGCCCGCGCUGCUGCCGGGCGGCGCGGGCGAGCUGGUGCCGCGCUCGCUGGGCGCGGGCCACGUGGUGGCCAAGGUGCGCGCGGUGGACGCGGACUCGGGCUACAACGCGUGGCUGUCGUACGAGCUGCUGCAGCCGGCGGCGGCGGCGGCGGGCGGCGCGCGCGGCCCGUUCCGCGUGGGGCUGUACACGGGCGAGAUCAGCACGACGCGCGCCCUGGACGAGGCGGACGCGCCGCGCCAGCGCCUGCUGGUGCUGGUGAAGGACCACGGCGAGCCGGCGCUCACGGCCACGGCCACGGUGCUGCUGUCGCUGGUGGAGAGCGGGCUGGCGCCCCGCGCGUCGUCGCGCGCGCCCGAGGGCGCGGCGGGCGCGCCGACGGCGCUGCUGGACGUGAACGUGUACCUGAUCGUCGCCAUCUGCGCCGUGUCCAGCCUGCUGGUGCUGACGCUGCUGCUGUACGUGGCGCUGCGCUGCGCGGCGCCGCCGGGCGAGGGCGCGGGCGCGGGCGCGGGCGCGGCCGGGAAGCCGGCGCUGGUGUGCGCCAGCGCGGUGGGGAGCUGGUCGUGCUCGCAGCAGCGGCGGCAGAGGGUGUGCUCCGGGGAGGGCCCGCCCAAGACCGACCUCAUGGCCUUCAGCCCUUGUCAACCUCAAGGACCCAUAUCAGCAGACAAGGUGAGUUUAAAAUAA